UUCUACAAAGACAUUUAAGUUAAUGCAUCUCGAGUAUACAUUCACACACGCACUAAUAUACUUGGGAAACAGUUAGGCACCAAAAACAACGAGAAGACGAGAGCAUUAACUUAUAUGUAUGAAGGUGCUUCAUGACAGUAAGUACAUUUACUUGUAUUCAUUUACAGCCUAGCCUUGACACAUCCAAUAUGGCGGCGACGUUGACGUAGCGCAGCAGUGGACAAAUCCACUAGAUGCGGCGUCUACGUCUAUAUGUCUAUGAUUUCAACAGCCUGUGAUGAUUUUAGAAAUACUGCGGAAUGAUUUAAUAAUGGAGUAACUGUGACGUGUGGUAACGAAAAAGAAAAAAACGCACUCUUAUUGUAAGUGUUAUCGGGUUCAAAUAUAUGUGGGUAAACUUCCGCUUGGAUGACUUCCGGUGCGGAAAUAGCUGCAUCAAAGAGCAGCUACUUCCUCCUGUAGCUGCCUGUCUUGACACAUUAAGAUGACGGCCACCUUGCGACCCUACCUGAAUGCGGUGCGUGCCACCCUGCAGGCCGCCCUCUGCCUGGAGAACUUCUCCUCGCAGGUGGUGGAGAGGCACAACAAGCCUGAGGUGGAAGUACGGAGUAGCAAAGAACUCCUCCUCCAGCCUGUCGUCAUCAGCCGCAACGACAAGGAGAAAGUUCUCAUCGAGGGAUCCAUCAACUCGGUCCGAGUCAGCAUCGCCGUCAAGCAGGCGGACGAGAUCGAGAAGAUUCUGUGCCACAAGUUCAUGCGCUUCAUGAUGAUGAGAGCUGAGAACUUCUUCAUCCUCAGGAGGAAACCAGUGGAGGGCUACGACAUCAGCUUCCUCAUCACCAACUUCCACACGGAGCAGAUGUACAAACACAAGCUGGUGGACUUUGUCAUUCAUUUCAUGGAGGAGAUCGACAAGGAGAUCAGCGAGAUGAAACUCUCCGUCAACGCCAGAGCUCGCAUCGUCGCGGAAGAGUUCCUCAAAAACUUCUAAGCGGGCGUUCCCAGGAGCCAACAUUCCACUCUUGGCCUUGACCGCUGUGUCAAGAAGACAAAUAUAAAUAAUGUACUCACUGUGCUUAUUCCACUAUAUGUGUUUCUUUCUGCCUGCCUUCUGACCCACGCUGAUGAGCACAGGGUACUUUGGAUUUGUUUUUCUCUUCCUUGCUCUUGGUUUCUCUUGAUAUGUUUUAUUGUGCUAUGCUUUUGUUAGGACGGGGAGGGGGCAAUUCGGCACACGACUUCCGUGUUUUAUUACCUGGAGAUGAUGAAAUCACCCAAAAGGAAUAAAUAUACUUGAUGGUAGUGAAGAUGAAGAAUA